CAACCUAAUCCGUGUAGGCUUCAUACAUACGUAGAAACUUUUGUGUAUAUAAGUUCUUAUUCAAGAAUGUCUCAAGCUCCAUUGUGGUUGUGAGACAUAAAGUUUAUGCACUUUCUUUUUCUUCUUCUUCUGAAAAAGAACUAUCAUCCAUGGGUGAAGGUGAGGAAAAAAUGGUUCAAGCUCCAGCAAUGGCCUCUGUGCCUAACGCAAAGCAGAAAGAUCAAUGGCUGAUCAUGGAGGCUGAAGCUGAUGAUGAUGAUGAUAACAUCUACAACGCAUCUUCAUCACUUGAUAAUUCAACUACUUCUAAUGGAUCAACGUCUUCAUCAGAUAUGGUCGAUGAUGCAUCUUCACCAACCUCUAUCAUAACCUCUUCUUCAAAUUCUAACAAUGGUCCUUUGUUUGAAUUUUCUCAACUCAUGGCCCAUCUCCCCAUCAAGAGAGGAUUAUCCAAAUAUUAUCAAGGCAAGUCUCAGUCCUUCACAUCUCUGUCAAGAGUAAUAAGCAUUGAAGACCUUCCAAAGAAGGAAACUCCUUAUAGAAGGAAGAUUAAAGCAUCUAAGAGCUUUGGGAAUGGAUUUGAUUCCCACAAAUCAUAUACUCUUCCAAAACCCAUCAUAUCAAAGAAGGUCUCAAGAGGUUCUUUGUCUUCUUUAUCAUGUCCAGGUAGAAGAGGAGGCAGUUUUCUGAAUAGCAGCAGGCCUCCUCCUGCUCCUGCACAAAAGUAGUUUCAAUCAGUUUUGUAGUUUUCAAGUUGCUUCACUUGAUGUAGAUACAAUCAAUGAACAAAAUUUUUUGAUUGUAGAUAAAAAAAAUCACAAUAAAGGAAUUAAUAUUGAGAUCAAA